UAGAGUGGUUUUUCUCCUUGUAAGAAGCGGUCGACGGUCUCAGAAGUGUCCCAGAGUCCCCGGUUACCGAGAGUGUGUUGUGCAGCUAGCUAAGCUCCUAGAGAUAGCCAAAGCCUAUUCCAGCGUUAGUUCCGUUAUUCCUCGUAAUCCGUGAUUUCAAACGGAAGUGCUGAAAAAAAGAAGAAAGGGCUCUCCAGGGUGCGCCGUGCGAGUUCGGGUUCCGUUUCGUUCAGUUCUCUUCCUCGCGUUCAUUUUGUUCGGCGUUUCUAUCGCCAGAAAGUUCUCGUGGCGAGGCAUAGGGUAAGAAAACCUAGUGCAGUGAGAACAACUGGAGUACGGAAUAAAAAGGCAUAAAAGCCGGAAUACCUGCGUGGAUUUAUAACGAAGAAAAAAGUGUUUUCAACCAGUGUGUUUCCAUUUUUUCUGUAAGUGGAACUAAGCCGGAAACUCGUCCAAAAUGUCGGAACGUGAAAAUAACAUUUACAAAGCCAAGUUGGCAGAACAGGCAGAGCGAUACGACGAAAUGGUUGAAGCCAUGAAGAAGGUCGCCUCCCUGGAUGUCGAGCUCACAGUCGAGGAGCGAAAUCUGCUCUCGGUGGCCUACAAGAACGUCAUCGGUGCACGACGCGCCUCCUGGCGGAUAAUUUCCUCGAUCGAACAGAAGGAAGAGAAUAAGGGUGUGGAAGAAAAGUUGGAGAUGAUCAAAAACUAUCGCUCCCAAGUGGAGAAGGAAUUGCGCGACAUCUGCUCCGACAUUCUUGAAGUUUUGGACAAACAUCUGAUCCCAUGCGCGACGACCGGCGAGAGCAAAGUGUUCUACUACAAAAUGAAGGGCGAUUACCACCGCUACCUGGCCGAGUUCGCCACCGGUGGUGACCGCAAGGACGCCGCCGAGAACUCGCUGGUUGCAUACAAGGCUGCCAGUGAUAUCGCAAUGACAGACCUUCCACCGACGCACCCGAUCCGGUUGGGCUUGGCACUCAACUUUUCAGUAUUCUACUACGAAAUCCUGAAUUCGCCGGAUCGUGCCUGCCGCCUAGCGAAAGCUGCAUUCGACGAUGCAAUCGCCGAGCUCGAUACCCUCAGUGAGGAAAGCUACAAAGACUCUACGUUAAUCAUGCAGCUUCUGCGAGACAACCUUACAUUAUGGACAUCCGAUAUGCAGGGUGACGGCGAAGGUGAGCAGAAGGAACAAAUUCAGGAUGUUGAAGACCAGGACGUGUCGUAAUUUGUUACACAACUGGUUUAUGUGUGAAUUUAUUUUAUUAAUUAAAGCAACUAAUAUUAAGCAUUAUUAAAUAAGCUAUACAUAAGACAGCAACAAACAACAACAAAGAAAAAAGAAGAAAAAAAUUCAUUACACUACAGAUAAACAGAAUAUCAAGAAGACGAUAAACACACAUUCAUGUAAAAGCGUGACAAAAACCAGCCACAUUGAAAAAAAAUCGAAAGAGUGAAACAAAAGCAGAUACUAUUCACGAACAUAUUGAAUUGCAACAGGAGAAUUAAGAGAACCAGGAGUCGAGCCAGAAUGUUAAAACGAGAGCAAUUAGAAUAAAAACCGAAAUAGAAAAACAAAGAGAUAAUUGACACCAGUAAAGAUCCUCUUGGCAUCAAAAUCCGAUCAAAAGAAUGCAGUAUCAGCCAACAAAGCACUCGAACACACACACCACACUUAGACACACACACAAACAUGCACUCAUCUUCACACACUUGCAAACAUUACACGAACACAUGAAUACUUACUACUAUUACAUCAAAAACAGCGUAUUAGAGCAUAUUAAUUACUACAACUACUACUAGUAAAAAGCUAAUGAAAAUUCAGCUGAGUGGUGUAAAAAGAGAAAAAAAUCAUCAUCCAUUAAAUGUGUAUUGUUUUUGUCAAUAUAUAUUAAUAAAAAAUAAAUAAUGAAAAGUACGAAAAAAUAAAAAAUGGAAAUUUAAAAGCAUAAAAACGAGAACGAGAGUAGUAGCAAUGUCCGGGAAGAAGAGAACGAAAUGGGAAGAAAACGCUGUAGGCGCGCGCGCAGUGUCACUUCAACUUCUAACUGAAAUAUACUACCAGCUGAGUCAGUCAGUCAGUCAGCGGUGGGUGAUGGCGGCGGUGGUGACUCGGAGUUGAUGAGGCGCAGAGCACCAGGCACACACUUUCAAGUUGUGGUGGUCCUGUUCGUAACCAUCCUUCUCCUCUAGUUUCUAGCUUCGUUGUUGGUGACGUGCGAGAAGAACAUUCCCAAUUUUCCAGCGAAAACCUGCCGCUUUUGUUGUGGCGCAGCGUCGGAAAACCAUUGCGACUAUUUGUUCGUCGCUAUCUGUCAGUAUUCCAGCUUUUAUUCCCUGAAGAGUAUUCUUAUUGCGUGUGGGAAACCAUCACCAGUGGUCUUCCGACUUAAUUUUUGGCUGUUUGUGUAGUGAAGCGACACCGGCCCUAAUAAACGUUUCCACCGUGUGUAACCCCGUUUCUACUCUUCUCUUUGUUCGUCCGGUUUUUAGAAUGGUAUAGCUUUGUGUUUUUUCCGCGCCGAAAAUUAUUUGAAUCCCAUUGCGCUAGACAGUAGUGGCCCCCAUCAUAGCUAAACGAGGGAAUUACUAGCAUGGUAAAAUUAAUGAUUAAUAGUAGUACUAUGACUAGGUGUAAAAAAUUCAAUUCGAAACUGAUACAGUAUAUGCAGAGAAAUUCUCGACCGCAGACUUAAGCAUGCAAGCAAACAAACGUCUAACGGAAGGACUUUUUUUUCAUACUUUUUCCACUAAAAAUGAGCAUUUUAUCUAACGAGUCAUUUCCAUCAUUUUUGAGUUUCUCGCCAUUCAUAAAUCUACCCGCUCGGUAGGACCAUUUCACAAUUUGUCCCCCUUCAGGUCUGUAUUUGAUCUUAAUUUGACGAGAAAAACAGUAAAAGAGCAACUAAAGCAGGGAAAUACGAACGUUUGAAAUUUGUCCAUCUAAGGAAGUGGAUUUUUCCAGCCCAACAGUCCAUCAUUGAAUCUUACCGCGGUAAAAAGGAGCACAAACAUUUCCCAACAACAAAAAAUUCUCGGCUGGUUGAAUUCUCUACCUUAGUGUGAGUCAAAUUUCGUGAAUAAAACAAAAAUAUGAAAAAGUGCGAGCGAAUUUUCUACUGAAUGAUAAAAAUCAACCAAAAAUGUGAAAUAUACGGUUUUCUGAAAAUGAAUAAUAGUGAAUUAAACCGAAAUAGUCUAGUAAAUAAUGGAAAAAAACAAAAGUCAUUGCAUUUAUUGAGAACACAAAAAUGACGGAUUGAGAGGGAGAAAAAAAUACCCACGAUGAAAUACGCAUACCAACCGGCGACGAAACAAGCAGCAACAUUAACAGACACUUAAGAAAGCUAUGUUUUAAUCAGCAAAACAGGACACGCAAAUAAGACAAAAAGAAAUAAAAUAUAUAUGCAAACAAAAAAAAAACCUUUUCUAGUAGUAGCCAUUGGAAGCAGCUUUUUAAUUGCAAUUUUCAGAUUACGUAUUCAAGUGUGUUUCACACUCAUAGCAUACCUUAAUAUUUCCCCGGGAGCUGAUUUAAAUUUUUUAUUAUAAACUGUCUUUCCUUUCGUUCCAAUGCAAUAUUUUAAUUGAGCGAUUAGUACCAAACAAAGAAAAUAUCCGACGUAUCAAUUUCCGAAUUAAAUUUAAGGCGGUAAAGUAAUACAGAAUAAUAAUUACUAAAGAGAAAACAAGAAAACCUAUUGAUUAUUAUGAGUAGAAGCAUAAAUUUAAAGGUAAAUUAAUUAAAUAGAACCAUGCAAAACUACUUAAAAACACUAAUUAUCAACGCAAGAAGCCAAGACAGCUGAACCCAAAAUCCACACGCGCGUACAAAACAAGAGAAAAACUUCCACACCGAAUCAAAAAUAAUGAAAUCUCGACAUUUUCUUAAUUCUUCUAGUUUGAGUAUUGACAAAGAGAAGUUUUAUGGCCGGCAAAUUAGAGGAAACCCUAGCCUUGCAAAGAAAAAAAAAACAAAGCCGAAAGCAGCUUCGGGUUUUCGUUUAUCAAAUUCGAGCGAGUGCUACCCAUGAACAAGCGCAACUUUUGUUUCCUCUCAAAUUUUCGAUCACUCACCUAUGUUUCCGGUUUUUCGAAUGACAAAACUAAGAAAGCAGAAAAGACUCUUUUGAAGAGAGGAGCGUGCGAGCAAGCGAAAGCGAGAAGCGAAACAAUGAACGGUUUUAAUUUGUGUUCUACUAAGUUUAUACACCUUCGAAAAAGCAAAAGCAACAGCUCAGCCCCAAAAGCCUAGCGGUUGAUUUUUGAUUCAGAGCCGAAGAGAAAAUGUAAGAAUUCACACACGAACAGAUGGUAACAAAAACAAAUGAAAAAAAAGAAAAGAAAUGCAAAACAACAAACAGAAUUAAAUAAACAUUACACGAGACGAAAAAAAACUUGGAGAAUUAAGAAGCAUUCUCAUUCUAAUGAAUAAAUUAUAUGAUUGAAACAAAAAAAAAACAAAACAUGGAAAAGCAACACAACAACUAUUAAACAAAACACGUGAAAAGAAAGCAAGCAAAAACAAUAGUGAAUAAUAUAAACAUGAAGAAUCCAUCAAGCAACAGCAAGCAGAAAAAUGGAAAAAUAUUGAAAAAUAAAGCUCUAAGAAAAAAAAGAUUGAUGUUAU